AUGUGCUCCUGGGUGGUGACAGCCCUCUGCAUACUUUUCGCUAUGGGCGGCGAGGGCCAGGAGCACGGGCCGGUGUUCCUGAUGGAGCCGCCCCCUCGGCUGGUCUUCUCCAACGGCACCGGAGCCAGGGUGUCGUGCGCUGCCCACGGCUUCCCAUCACCACAGCUGGCCUGGCAGCAGCAUGACGGCGCGCAGUUGGAAGACGUGCCUGGAUUGCGACAAGUCCUCGAGAACGGAACACUGGUGCUGCAUCCCUUUCCAGCAGUUCAGUACAGGCCUGACAUCCACGCCACAGUGUACCGCUGCCGGGCGCACAACUCACACGGCGCUAUAGUCUCCAGGGACAUGAGGACACAAGCAGUCGUCUGGCAAGACUGGAGUGCCCGGGUCACCUCCACCCCGGCUGAAGCUGGUGGACCCUCGCUCCUCUCCUGUGUAGCUCCGGUCAGCGUGAGGGAGCACUCCUCAGUGGCCGCGUGGUACAGGAACGACGCCGUCUUACCGGCCACUGAUCAUAUGGCCGGAGCCACACUUCUAGUAGACGAAGGCUGGAAGCUCAUAGUCCGCGCGGUGACGACAGAAGAUGCGCGCGCGCAGUACUCCUGCUCAGUUCUAGACUCACUCACUGGGGAGAGAAGGCAAAGUGCGCCUAUUGGUAUCGAUGUCACCCCCACCAGCCUGCCAUCAUCUCCUCGGGCUCUGACCCACGGCCUAUGGGAAGCGACCGUGAGGAGAGGCGGCGAUGUGGUGCUACCCUGCCUCGUCCACAGCACCCCACCACCCACUAUCACCUGGUACCGAGAAACCGCUGGUGGAGUCCUCCGUGAAGUCCGCGACACUGAGGGCGGAGGCCGGUACAGCAGGUCUCAUGACUCCAUCGGCAUCAGACGAGCAGAGACAGCUGACGGUGGACGCUGGGCCUGCAGAGCUGCCAACUCCCAUGGUCACAUAACCAUACGUCUUCAUCUGACUGUUUACGCGCAUUUGACAGUACAUGUGCAGCCUCACACACAGGUGGUAAACAGCGGUGGAACAGCCACCAUCAAUUGCACUUGGGGCGGAUGGCCAGCACCUCGUCUGGAGUGGCUCCACAACGGGGUACCUCUCGGCUCAGGAGUCGCCGGAGGCAGGGUCAGGGUGCAAAACAGUGGGGAACAACUCGUCAUCACAUCAGUCCAUCGAGCUGAUAAAGGCGUUUACCAAUGUAUGGCGAGGAACGAGAGGGACUCUGCGCAGGCUAGCGCGGAGUUGAGACUUGGAGACACAGCUCCAGAACUCCAGUACACCUUCAUAGAACAAGUCCUGAGACCAGGUCAGGUGGUGACCCUCAAGUGCUCAGCUGUCGGCUCCCCACCUCCACAUUUCACGUGGCAACUGGAUGGUCUCCCUCUGAACACUAUUGCAAUGGGGCACAGAUACAGCGUUGAACAAUUCGCCACAAAGACCAAUGACGUGGUGAGCUACCUGAACAUCUCAGCGGUGAGGUCUGACGAUGGAGGCCUGUACACCUGCAGGGCUGCCAACUCCUUGGGGGAAGUGUCCCAUACCUCCAGGUUGAACAUAUAUGGGCCGCCGUACGUAAGAUCCAUAGGUCCCGUGAGGGCCGUUGCUGGCCGAGAAUUGGUGCUCUAUUGCCCUUACUCCGGAUACCCAAUAAGCUCAGUAAAAUGGCAACGCAACGGGAGUCCUAUCGAAUGGGACAACAGCAUGGACGGAGCCCUGAGGAUACCAAAAGUGGACCCGUCCCAUGCUGGGGAGUACACUUGUCUGGUGAUGGGAUCCCAUGGAGAGAUCGCCAGGAAGGAACUGCAACUGGUGGUCAGCAAUCCUCCGGAAAUCGAGCCAUUCUCUUUUUCCGCUAACUUGCAAGAGGGGAAGAGGGCUCAGGUCGGCUGCAGCGUCACAUCUGGAGACAUGCCAGUACACUUCACCUGGUUGAAGGACAAUGCUCCUAUAUCCUCUGCUUUGCAGGUGGAAGAGCGGACGGCUGAUUUUUUCAGCAACCUCGUUUUCAAAGAGGUUUUCGCUCGUCACAGCGGCUUAUAUACUUGUGUGGCAUCUAACUCCGCCGCAAAAGUUAAUUACACGGCCGAAUUGGUCGUCAAAGUGUCCCCCAAAUGGGUGACGGAGCCCAAAGACGAGGCGGUGUUGGCCGGGGAAUCCCUGGCACUGCACUGUCAAACCACGGGCUCCCCCACACCGCAGGUCUCCUGGUUGAAGCAACGAGGGGGGGCAUCAUCAUCAGACUACACGCCUCUAGUGAACCUCGGUGGAAGAUUCCAGGUCUUGUCAAAUGGGACUCUCUGGAUUGAAUCAGCACUGCCUUAUGACGAGGGUCACUACAUGUGCAAGGCUGAAAACGGGGUAGGGUCACCCCUCACCAAGACCAUUGCUGUGGCUGUCAAUGAACCGGCCCGGUUCGAGCUGACUUCGCACAAUAUGACGGCAAGACGCGGAGCGCCCGCCACGCUGGUGUGCGAUGUGGGAGGAGACAGCCCCAUCCGCCUGACCUGGGCUCACAACAUGAACCAUUUAGAUCUUAAUACUUAUAGGUUAAGCAUCUCCGAAGCAAAGACUGAUAGUGGUUUAAGGUCCCAGCUGUAUAUAAGCAGAGCCGACCGGCAGGACUCGGGCGUUUAUAAGUGCCAAGCAGUUAACGCUUACGGUCACAGCGACCAUUAUAUUUAUCUCUCCGUCCAAGAGAAGCCCGACACACCUCACUCGCUCUCCGUAACGGAGAUCCUAAGCCGGGCGGUGCGGCUGUCCUGGAGCCAGGGUUUCGACGGCAACUCCCCGCUCGUGGGGUACACGCUGCAGUACUGCGCGCUGGCCGCCCAAGGCGCCCUCCGGGGGAACCAAUGGGAAUCUGCUACUAGCCUCAACGUGUCCGUCCAUGGCGCCACUCAUCCACACAUCACUCUCUCAAAAAAGGGGGAUAUACACUACGAAGCCUUGCUGAGCAGUUUGAAGCCUCAUACGGCAUACAUGAUUCGUAUCGCGGCCAUCAACCAAAUUGACAGGAGCGCCUUUACUGAGCCUGUCGUCGUCAAAACUCAGGAAGAAGCGCCAUCAGAAGCACCAACAAACGUUCAAGUGACAGCUGGUGGUCCGGGAGAGCUGCACGUGUCCUGGCGGCCGCCGCCCAGGGACGCGUGGCACGGGGAGCUGCUGGGGUACUCCGUCACCUGCACCGAAGUGGGGCCUGGAGCCAGUAGAAAUACUACCAGAACCUUGACAGUUAACGGGUGGUCGGCUACAGAGUUGAAUCUAUCUGCUCUGAGAAAAUUCACUCGGUAUGAAGUGAGAGUUAGAGCGUUUAACGGAGUAGCGGCAGGACCGCCCUCAGCUCCUGUCUCGGCUACUACUUUAGAAGGAGUGCCCGAAUCUCACCCGACCAGCGUCUCCUGCUUUCCUCUGUCAUCGUCCAGCAUGAAGGUGACGUGGGGUCCGCCUCCAAUUGGUCAGCACGGAGGACUGAUUCAGGGGUACAAAGUCAUCUACUCGCCGCUGACUACUGAUCACGCCGAUGUAGGCGAGAUCAAGCGUGUGACUACAACAGACACCUUCCUGCACACGCUGAGAAAGUACACCAACUACUCCAUACAAGUCCUGGCCUUCACCAACGCUGGAGACGGCAAGAGGAGCCCCCCGGUCUACUGCAUGACUGAGGAAGAUGUGCCAUCUGCCCCCGAGAAAAUCAAAGCACUGCCGUUCUCCAGCGAUUCGGUUCUUGUAAGCUGGCUGCCCCCACUGCACCCCAACGGGAUCAUAUCCCAUUACACAGUCUACUAUCGGGAAGCUGGGAGAUUGGGCAAGCACUCAAGCUUUACAGUGACAGCAGACAAGAAAGCGGACAUGGAGCUGAUGUUCCAAGUGAGAAACCUCCUGGAGAACCAGCUGUACGAGUUCUGGGUGUCAGCCACCACGGGUUCUGGAGAGGGGGAGUCUACUUUGGUUGUCGGGCAGGGGCCGAGUUCUAGGAUUCCAGCGCGCAUCGCCUCAUUCGGCCGCACGGUCCGCGUCGCCGCGCGCGCCAGCGCCGUGCUGUGGUGCUCGUGCGUGGGCGCGCCCGCGCCGCGCUCGCGCUGGCAGCACCGCGCCGCGCCCGUCACCCACCACGCCUACUACCAGGUGUCGCACUCCGGACAUCUGCACAUCCGAGAGGUGAACGAGCAAUCAUCAGGCAACUUCACCUGCACAGCCAGCAACACGAUCGGGGAAGACUCCAUCGUGUACGUGGUAUCGGCGGUCCUCCCACCACCGGCGCCUACGUUGUCUCUUCAGUACACUACACCUUCCAGCAUCAAACUGCACUGGCAGAUGCCGUCCGAUACUACAGACCCGAUACUGGGUUACCUAUUACACUACAAGCAAGCCUCAGAAGCUGAUUGGCACACCGUUGAACUAUCCUCGGAGGCGACUUCCUUCACCAUGGACAUGCUGAAGUGCGGUACCACCUACAAUGCCAAGAUACAAGCGAGAAAUAAGAUCUCCAUUGGACCACCGAGUGAAGUUCUCACCGUCAAUACAAGAGGAGGGCGCCCCAAACCUCCGAAGCCUGAGGACCACGUGUACAUGAACUCGACAGCAAUCAAGAUAAAUUUCUACGCGUGGAGAGACAGCGGCUGUCCUAUACUCGGCUUUCGCGUGUCUUACAGGAGAACCGGGACUGAGCACUGGAUCAAGGUGGGGGACGGUCUAAGCUCAGCCAGUCACGUGGUGGGGGAUUUAUCCCCCGGGACGUGGUACGAGCUGGCCGUGGAGGCCUACAGCGACGCGGGCGCCGAGAGGGUCACUCUGAGGGCCGACACGCAUACCCUGACUGGAGGUCGCAUCCCCCCCCUGAAGCCGUCGUCGGCGUGGGCGGGCGGCGCGCGGGCGACGUCGCUGCGCGCCGUGGUGGCGUGGAGCGCGGCCGGCGCCGUGCUGGUGCUGCUUGCGCUCGCCGCUUUGCUGUGUCUGCUGCACGGGAGGCGAAGAUUCUUCUGUAUUUCAAGCGACCACUACAUGAGAGACGACAGGAAAUUAAGCGAGAGUAAUGAGGCGGAGAGAGAAAAGCUGAGAGAGGGACAGAAACUCUACUCUUCUUCGUCUAUCAACGGCAACGAGAAGUCUAAUGAUGACUCCUCAGCAGAGCUGUACGAGAUAAGCCCGUACGCCACGUUCGGCGCGCCGGCCGCGCACUCGCUGCAGCUGCGCGUGCGCGCGCGCCGCGACGACGACGCCGCGCCGCCGCGCCGCGCGCACCGCCACAGGGCCUGCGAACAUUACCGAUAUGAGGAAUCGAGCCUGUCUAAAUGCUCGACAGUGGAGGCGCGUCACCGGCUGCGGGCGGCGCCUCCAACGUGGCGGGACCGGGAUCACACCGACUCGGACGACAAUAGCGACAGCGCUGCUAAUACUACCACUAAAGGUUCAGGUGGGUCCCCAUGCGGCAGCACAUAUGGGAGUGGGCGGCGUAGCGCGCGCACCACCAGCAGUGGAGGUCUAAACGGGAGCGAUGGCCAUUCAGGGUGCUUCGCUCCGGUUCCUGCUGAUAUAUCUUCUUUAAUAGACAAAUAUCAACAGCGAAAAGAACAAGAACGUCGGGAAUGUACCAUCCACGUGUAACAUUCCAAGGUCCAUUGUAGUUGUAGAAAUUAAGUUCUGAAAUCGAAAAGGCUCUACAUGAUUCUAAUCUCUUUCCUAUCCAUGCUUUGUAAGAAAUUAUUGCUAACAGGCCAUAAACAAAUGAAAAGGCUUAAAUUGUUUUGUGAUGUCACUUUUUGUGACUCCUUAUUUAUUAGUGUUAACAAAAUUGUUAUACAAUGUAUGUAAAGUAUAGAAUAAUGUGAUUUAAUCAAACAUGCUAUUAAUUAACAACAGUUAACACUGUUAACUGUUAAGAUAAAGUUACAGGUUGUAAAUAUUAGUCCAUUGUAAGCUUCAUUUACUUAUUUAUUUUGUUGUGAGAUUAUUUAGAUACCUACGUUUACUUAUUUAUUCUUUAUUGUAGCCAUUACUAUUUGUUAAGUACAUUAAGUGGACAUUAUUAUUUAUUUUUUAUAACAAAAGCCAUGUGAUGGCUAUAAACACUUAACUUAAAAAAUCCUAUAUGUUUGUUAUUUAAUGUACCUGUUAGUUAAA